AUGACCGAACCUUCUACUGACCAAUUCGGGAUUCCUCUGUCCUCCCUCCGCCUGCUGGUCUCUCCUCUGCGGCUCAUGUCUGCAGCUCUGUGGGGAAUCGUGCAGCACAGAGCCGUGAAGCACUACGGGCUGCUGGAGGACUUCAUCACCGCUGUGCACGACAACAUCCCGGGUGUAAUCAGCCACUCCGAGCGCCUGCAUAUUCUCAUGGGUUUACGGGCAAAGACUGUGUUAGAGAUGUGGAACCAUGAUGACUUGUGCAAUAGACACAAUAUUGAGCCUCUUUUGUCGAAGAUGGACGAUCUUAUGAAGAAAGAUGAUGGGGAAUCACAAUCAAAGUGGAAGGCGUUUACACAAGUUGUUUACUCGAUGUUGGAUAAUCCAGGGAAAUUGGAAAUGUCUGAUCAGAAAUCUUUGUUGUCAGAGUUUGACAGCACAUUUGAUUCAUCUCUGCAGACACUUGUUACAAAAUUCUUUUUGACUUUGGAUAGCAUACUCCCUGUUCCAAGUCUUGAUCAAACCUCUCUGUGGCUCCGGCUGUGUCCUUCAGUCUUGAAGGAAUGUGAGGAUAUUUUAGAUCAACCUGAACCGCUCAGUAACCUCCUCCAACACCAUAAACAAAACUCCACUUUUUCAACAGGGCUCUAUUCCAGUGGUAGUUUGCCAGGCUUCUCUGAUUUACCAGACCAACAGACGGGACAGAGGAUUGUGCUCCGUCAGUGGAAGUCACUCUUUCUCUUGACGACGAAGCCGCUGACUUCUAUGAUGUCAUAA